GCUGACCGAGGGCUGGCAGGCGCCGGCAGGAGCCCUGGGGCCGCGGGGCAUCGCCUUGGCAUCAUGGGGCUGGUUGGUGCCACCUUGAUGGCCCACAUCCUGGCAUCCGCGGCCGGCUUCGCGGCCACCCCCUUGCCCUGCGAGCGGCCAGCUCCCCCGGCUGGUGCCAUCGUCGCCCUGCCGGGCACCAACGUAACCCUGCCGUGCCCGGAAGGGGAGCCAGUCAACCAGACCCUGUUGCGUUGGAAGUUUGAGAAAGAACCGGUCUCUUCCGCCAUCCCUGCAGUGUGGGACACCUCCCAGGCCGGCCUUUUCCUUCCCUUCGUCCACCCCAACCAUUCGGGCUCUUACAGCUGCUUCGAAGGGAGCCGAGUCCUUCGUAGCCACCGCUUGAUCGUCGAAGAGCCUCCUCAAAUCCCAGACUUCACCUGUUUCCGCAGGAGUUUAGCCAAGGAUAUUCUCUGCGAGUGGAAGACAUUUUCUCCCGUGUUGCCACGCACCAAAGCUACCCUCUGGAUGCAAAGGUUCACGGGAGGGAAUGUCACGGAGCAACUAUGCCGCUACUACAGCCGGUCCCGGAAGUUCUUCUGCCGCGUUCGAGGGCUGAACAACGAGGAACAUGAGCUGCUGCUGGUGUCUGUCUGCGUGGCCAACCUGGCAGGGACGGCGCGGAGCCAUAAAUCCUUCCACACGGAUAUUUUGCUGAAGCCAGACCCCCCGGCCAACGUGCAGGUCCACCCCGUGGAGAGGGAACCCCACAAACUCCACGUCACCUGGAAGAACCCCAGUUCCUGGGGCCCCAGGCAUUACUACCUCCAGUUCCAGCUACGCUACCGGGUGAAAAACUCCAAAACCUUCUCCGAGGUCCACCUCAACCACGGACUGACCUCCUACACCAUUGUGGACGCCAUACAGAAUUCACCCCAUAUCAUUCAGGUCCGGGGACGGGAAGAGUUUGACCAUGGAAACUGGAGCGAGUGGAGCCGGGAAAACGUGGGCAUCCCGUGGUCCGAGUCUCCAGAUUUUAAGCCAGAAACAACCGAUUGCACUUUGAAGGUCUCCUUCGAUCUGAAUUUCUCCAGCACCUUCACACCUACCGUCUCCGCCUCCUCCGGCUACCCCGAGAAGCCCCUCGUGGUGGAAGGGACCGUCGGGGUGCCACUCUACGUCUUUCUCAUCGUGGCGGUCAGCAUCACGCUAGGGCUGGCCUUGGCGGUCGGCGUCCUCACCCGGUACCGCAAGAAGUGGGGGCUCCUGCCCUUUGGCGAGAUGAAAGGCACCCCCAAACCCCCCUCCUAUGCUCUGGCCCCCAUGUCUCCAGAGCCCCCCAUGAGUGCCUCCCCCCUCCUCUCCCCUCCCACCUCGCCCUUCAGCGAGAGCUCCAUCGACAGCCCGCGGACCCCAGACCAGGGUCCCUUCGACGUCUCCAACGCGGACUACUUCCUGCUGCCCAAAUGAUCGGGGGGCCCUGCGUUGAGAAGGCCCUGGAGGCCCCCCCCCACACCCCGUGGUUGGCCUACAAGACAGGGGUGGCCCACAGCCCCCCCAAAAAAACCUGCCUUUGGGGGCAGCCUUGCCAGCAUUUGCCAAGGAUUCCUUCCAGCCCCAAGAACUUAGGAAGGUCCAGUUACGCUCCGAGUUACGUCCAGUUACGUCCCUUCUUUCU